UCGAACGCUCUCGGGAUGUGGCCGGGGGGCCUCUCCACCAUGAUAUCUUUAAAUUCUAUUCUUAUUUCUAUUUCAAUUUUCCUUAUCACAAGUGGAAUGGCCAUUUCGGCGAUUAAAGACGCGUGCUGCAGAGAGCGGAAUCAAAAUUCAGGGUCCAAUAUGACAUAUAGAUGCACUAAACAUCAAGUCUGUUCGUUUGUCGACAAAGUAGUGAUCGCGCACAAUAAAUCGAAUGGAAACAGGGUGAAUAUCAGCGUGUACUGGACGAUAAGCGGUUCGGUAUUCGCCAGUUCUUACGAGCAAGCUCUCGUCAACAUAGAACUUCCUCAACCGAAAGCUUCAUAUUACCAAUGCAAAACAAACCAAAAUUCAUGUGUAGUAGUCGAUGUACCCAAAAGAAUGUACUACAAAAUAGAAGUAAUCAUGGCCGUGAGUGAUUCAAUCGAGCAAUGCUCGGGCAACGGUUAUCAAAGCCUGAACCUGUCUUCUCAAAUCAAUGGAGAUGUCGUACCAGCGGCUUGUAACCAGCUUGUUACGCCUUCAUCUACUAGACAAGCUGCAGAUACGUCUGCUAACAGAGUGAUGGAAACGACGACGACGACUACAACAGUCGCCACACUAUCUGCAAAGUUACAAUCGCCUAUGUCUAGCAGGGAACCAGUCAACAGUAAGACAACAGAAACAACAACAACAACAAAAUUUGGCACUGAAUUUCAGACAUCAGUCCAAAUAUCGGUUUCUAGUGAAAAGAACGCAACCGGACUGCUCAACAUAAUCGUGCCAUCUUCUUGUGUUGUACUAGUAAUUGGGAUCAUCAUCAUCAUGUUGUAUACAUUUCGCUCAUCUUGGUAUCACCUUCUGUGCUCAAAGUGUAAGCCCUGGCAUAAGGUGUCCAACCUCUCAAUGAAAGAAAUUCAAGUAACUCCAAGAGACGAAGCAAAGAAUGGGUCAAUAGAAUCUACUAGGGGUAGAAAACAAUAUCAGAUGACGAAUCCUCUCUCCGGAGACCGUUACGAUGCUUACAUAUCACAUCCAUUCUAUCCUGGCAAGAGCCAUCCAACAAUGGAACAUAUCAUAAAAAAAUUAUGUGCUACAAAGAUCGAGUGCAAGUCCGCUCUCACAAUCCAGAGCACAUGUCCAACCGAAAACCUCAACUCAGCUGUAGAAUUCCUACAGCUGGCAAAUUCAAUACUCAUAUUCUGUGACGCAAAACAACAUUUCAAGCAAGACUGGAACAAGGGAUUGAAAAGGGGAAUGGUGACUGGCUGUGAGAAUGAGCUGUUUGGAGCAGAGAUGGACGAAAUAGAGCGAAGACUGAAAAACGGCCGCCUCCAGGAUUUGGUCAUUGUGAAAGAAGGUGAAUCCGAGGAUUCCAUUCCAAGAUCAUUGCAGCAAGUACAGAGGUAUAAUAAAAACGAUAUUUGGGAUAUUGUGUUUGGCAUCAGCACUGGACACAGUGACGAGCCCAUAACUGUGUAAUCACCUGACCACGUAAUAAUCAUUUCCAUAUGCAAUUAAAUAGUUAGUAAAUGUGGCGUAGACAGUGCACAAAAGAUUUGGGUGUCAAAUUAACAUCAAAUUGAAAUAAAAGCUUCGUGCAUUUUUAUUAGAGAA